AUUUUAUAACGCUGUGUAAAACGCACAAUACUACUGAAUAUUUUUUAGUUGGUAUGCAAAUUAAAUCAAAGAGAACUAUAUUUUAUGUCUUACAUUAUGAACAUUAUUAGUUUGUUCAUGUGUUUUAAAUUACAAUACGAAAUCUUGGAUUUCAUAACAUUAAACUGAGUCAAACAUGUUAGAAGUUAGAGAAAAAAUAAAAGAAGUUUCGCAAUCAUGUCUCAGAAUGUUUGCUUUUUCUUUACAUUUACCGAGGCAAUGCAAAGUACCAACAGUGUUGGUCCGACACAAAAUAGCGGCGUAACGAUUGUACAUUUUGUGAAUAAAAUGUACACAAAGAAACAAAAUUUAAAUAAUUUUAGUGCUGUCCAGGUGUUGUCGCUCUUCGCCUCUCGGAAACAAGCUGUAAACUUAUAAGCAAGUCAGGCGGGCUCAACGCAACGAGUAUGGGCGGGCUGGCUGACAGUGUAGGAAUAUGCAUGCAGUGACGUUUUCACAAUUAGAGGAAUUCUGUAAUGCAAUUUUGUGGUUUUAAUAAUUUAAAUGAGUUGUAAUCCCGUUAUAAAACGUUGAUAAGGAAUUAGAUUAAGAGGGAUAUUGGCAGUGCACAAGUUUGAUUACACGCAUGAAGUCGGCAUGCAUCGAGUGCUCUAAUUCACUCUGCUUUUGGCUCAGGCAGACUUUGAAAAAUAUUAUUGUUGUGAUAGUGUUGUUCAUCGUCUACACUUUUUGAUAUACUAGUGGCAAUGGAGUAGACGUUACUCACAAACAACACGUGUGUUGUUACUUAACCAUUGUCUUCAGUCGGGUUGAAGUAGUUCUAUAAAUAAUUUUAAAGUAUUCAUAGUUUUAACACAUUGAAUAAAUAAUGUGUAAUUCCGAAAUGUCGACCCCUCCUUUAACCUUUAAACUCUUAGCCACGUGCAAAGUUUCAAAAGCAAGGACUGGAAUUAUGACUUUGCCUCACCAUGCUGUUGAUACUCCAGUAUUUAUGCCAGUGGGCACUCAGGGUACAUUGAAAGGUCUUUUGCCCCAACAACUAGAACGUCUAGAUUGCCAAAUUAUUCUUGGAAAUACUUACCAUUUGGGCACACGUCCAGGGCCUGAGCUAAUGAAAAAAGUAGGCGGUCUGCAUAACUUUAUGAAUUGGAAAAGGGCUUUACUUACUGAUUCUGGAGGUUUUCAAAUGGUUUCCUUGCUAAAAUUAGCAGAAAUAACUGAAGAAGGAGUAAAAUUUCAGUCACCUUAUGAUAAAACUUCCGAAGUGAUGCUGUCUCCAGAACAUUCUAUAGAAAUUCAGAAUGCAAUUGGGGCAGAUAUAAUAAUGCAGUUAGAUGACGUUGUUAAAACUACGACAGUUGGUCCUCGUGUGGAGGAAGCUAUGAACAGGACUACAAGAUGGUUGGAUAGAUGUUUAUCAGCACACAAAAAUCCAAACUCUCAGAAUAUCUUUCCAAUAGUCCAAGGAGGAUUAGAUCCUAAACUACGUGCUGAGAGUGCUCGCCAACUCACAAAACGAAACGUUCGUGGAUUUGCUAUAGGAGGACUGAGUGGUGGUGAAAGUAAAGAUGAAUUUUGGAAAAUGGUACAUUUAUCAACAGAUAUUUUACCUGAAGAUAAACCUCGUUACCUGAUGGGAGUAGGAUUUGCAAGUGAUCUUGUUGUGUGCUGCGCUUUGGGUGUUGACAUGUUUGAUUGUGUUUUCCCUACACGAACAGCAAGGUUUGGCUGUGCAUUAAUUGCAACUGGACAGCUGAAUUUAAAGCAACAGGUUUAUUAUAAGGACUAUCGUCCAAUUGAUGAAGAAUGUUCUUGUAGCACCUGUGAAAGGUACACACGUGCAUAUCUGCACUCAAUUGCAACUCAUGAAACAGUAGCCUGUCAUCUUCUGACUGUGCAUAAUAUAGCAUUCCAGAUGAAGCUAAUGAGAUCCAUCCGUGAAAGUAUUAAAGCUCAAAAGUUCCCUGAGUUUGUUCAGAACUUUAUGUCUGUAUUAUAUCCUGAAAAAAAUUAUCCAACUUGGAUUGUAGAUGCGUUAAGUGCUGUAAACAUUCAACUAAAAUGAAAUUAGAAUUUUGUGUUUGCACUUGGGAAGUACCAAAAAAGGCAAUGGAAGAUUGGAAUUUAGGACUACAGUGUUUUUGUUUUCUAACAAAAAUGACAUUUGUUUUUAGUGUUUUAUCUGAUUGAAGAAGAUAAAGGUCUUUUACAGAAUUAUCUGCCAUUACUUCAUUUCUGAUCUAAUUUUCUGCCUUAUGACUAUUACAGAUAAGUACACUAUAUAUUCACUGGGAAAAUGCCAGUUUAAGUUUAAUAGUCAUAAUUAUUCCAUAUUUUUUAUUUAUUUGAAAGUGGUAUUGUUCCUCUAUUGUGUUUAGUUAAGUUUCACAAAGAGAUGUUUUCACUCGUCAUAAAUUCAUGAAAAUAAUUUUUUACAUUGUGCGUAACCGUAGAGAUUUUUGUUCGAAUUCACAAAGCAACAAUAGUGGUUUUAGAGAUAAAAGUUUUAAUUGAAACAAAAAGUGCUGCAUCAAUGAUGUGAAAAUGUUUGUGCAAAUGAGUGGAUCAAACCAAACACCAUAGUGCCAAACUUGAACAGCUUUUUUAAAACUAUUUGUACUGUGAGCUUUCAAUGAAUGUGAAUAUCAACCAAUCAGAAUUAACUUUUUCCUUUUCUUGCAAUGUCUUAGAGCCUGGAAGUUCAGGCAUUUAUUUUACCUAAAAUUGGCAUGGUAAAAAGGCAUUUAUUCUUGCUAAAGUAGGGGGCAAAGACGACACACAAAAAGAAAAUAAUCACCAUUUUAAAGCAGUUAGUGUAAGAAAUUAAUAAUUAAAUGAUUCACAUUUUUAUUCUAACUCAAAAAUUUACAUUAGCUCUAAUGUGGAAGGAAACUUUACCUUUUCUUUGUAACUUUGAUUGCACCAUCCAGUUGAUGCCUAUGAAUUUAUUUUGCUAGGGCCCUGUUUCUACAAAAUGCUAUUGUAAACUCUUUUGAAUCUAGAAAUGGUAGCGGUGAAAACGGAAUUGUAGAUUUCAUUCUUUACACUUGUGUAAUCGCUAGAAGGGAAAAGGACAAGAAGGAACUUGGAAGGGUAUGUAUCAUGUACAGACAGCUUUGUCCUUUAAAGGGAUCUGAGGCCAUACACAAACAUAUGAUAAGGAUUCUUGUGAGUGAAUGAGUCUAUAAACAUCUAUGAAAAAUAUGAAGAAAAAAAAUUCUGUUAUUGAUCUUCUGCCUUUUAGAUUUUUAACUCAACCCUGCUGCCCCCACAUCCACAGAAAUACAAUACACUACCAUGGCUUCAUGUGCAGGUAUGUUUCCAACUUGAUAGAGACUGGUGCCAGUCGGAAAAAAGGAAAAAUAACAAAAA